AUCGGGAACAGAACCCUGAAUAAUAGAGAAAUUGACAAUAUGAGUCAAGGGACAGGCUGUAACUGUUGCACUGUCCCUUCGAAACCUACAGGGGAUAACAUCUAAACAAGUAGCUUUAUUAGCACUGAGCUUAUUAAGGGACUUAAGAAUUUUGUUCAUAGAAACAACUGAAAAUGAAAAGCUAUUUGAAAAAAAAAUACCUUUGGAUAGAUACAAUUUACAAAAAAAAAAAAUUAUAUUUAGAGCAACUACCUGGCAGUUUAUCAACUAAUUUUGAUGCAACUUAUGUAUAAAAACUGUUACAUUUUUCAGCAACAUUUAAAAACCAAAGCUGACUUCUCCAUUAAUUUUGAAACCAAUGUUACUAGAAGAACUAACACCUUUCCUAUAUGGUAAACCAAGGUGUUUUUAAACAUUUCCAAAGAGAUUUUGAGUCAGAUUUAUUGCUUUCAAUACUAUCUUUGAAAUAGUUUUUCUUAGCAUUAUGAAUAAGUGUCUGAGUAUUAUUUCUAAGCUCUCUAAAACUUUCAUAAUGUUCAGAAGUUUUAUUUUUAUACAUGUUAAAAGCUUUGUCUCUAGCAUUUAUUCUUUGCAAAAUGGCAUAAUCUAUCCAUGGUUCCGUACGUACGCUGUUUGAUGCGAACUUCUUUUACAGGAGCAUGUUUAUCUAACACAGACAGAAAAAUCUUUUUUAAACUGUAUCAUGCUUCUCUAACAUUGUCACUGAGCAUAACAGAACUCCAGUCAGAUAAAAGUAACGACUGUUUUACAUUAUUGAAUUUACCAAAGGAUGAACGCAUUAUUUUCCGAGUACAAAAAAUCAUGGAAUGGUCACUCAAAGAUAGUUUAACAACUCUCCUAUUUGAAAUUUUAUCUUUGUCUGAAACAAGUAUAAGGUCAAUUGUUGUCGGUGAACAGUUUGAGAUUCUUGUAGGAUCUUUGCUUAACUGUGCGAAGUUGAAAAGCUCACAGAAAGAUGUUUAACUGUUAAGAAUUGAGCAUUUAUCACCACAAACACUGGUAUUAAAUUCACCAAAAAUUGAAGUUUCACCGGUAAUGAAAUCAUCACAAGAUUGACACAGUGAUUCUAAAACAUUGUAAUAGUUAAGCUGUUCUGGAAGUCUAUAGAUGAGUCCGCAAAGUAUAGGUUUGGAUUUGAGCAGAAGGACAUCUACCCAGGUAGCCUCAAAAUCCGGGUGGUCCAAGUCAAUAAAAUCUGGAAAGUAGAUCCCUCGGAAGCACCGAGAACAAGGCAAACAGUGAAAAUUGCAGACUCGGUUUGAUUGAGUCUGUUCAUGAGCAGUAAUGGAAAAUGCAACACUGCCCACGCCCCCUAGCACCGGCUUAAGCAGUAUUCAAUCUUCAAAUCUAAAUGAGUUGAAAUCAGUGAUCCCGAAGGACCAGAAAAUAUAACAACACUGAGAUGAAGUCGGGGCGACUUUUUACGGCCGCCACACAGCACUUAACACCCGCUGUUGUGAAGUAAACAAAAUCUGGAAAGUAGAUCCCUCGGAAGCACCGAGAACAAGGCAAACAGUGAAAAUUGCAGACUCGGUUUGAUAGAGUCUGUUCAUGAGUUCAAUGCUAGGUCACUGUGAAUAUAUGCCAAACACCGCCUCCCCGACCGUCCGGUCUGUAUUUCCUUUGCACGUUGUAAUAAGGUAUAAGUAUUUCAGAGUCCGGCACUGAUGAAUCUAGCCUAGUUUCAGACAAAAAAUGCCAGCUAGGUUGUAUUUCCUGGCAAGUAGGCGGUUUUUUUUUUUCCAAUUUUGGUAUCCAAGUGAAUAAAAUGUAAACCUCGUUUUCACUGAAAAUUGUCACCAGUAGUAAAAGAUGGUUAUCCAUUUUCAUUAUGGACAUGGCCUGGGCUCGGAUGUACAUUACCGCAAAGCAAAACAGAAAAAAGUGGAAACUCCACAAGUCGUUCAACAAAAAAAGUGGAAACUCCAAAGGUCGCUCAACACGACAAAACCUUAAUUCUCCACUAAACAUGCAAAUUAGUGAAAAUCCAGUCCCACGUGUGCAUUUGCUAAUACAACUGUAACAAUGUAUGUUUAAACUUUUAUACAUGUCAAACUAUUUUACAGUAAUGUACAGUAAGUAGAAUCAUAUCAAAUUAUAAUGCGUUUGACACAUUUGAGCGAACAACAACUUCAUAAUGUGCUUCAUAACGAUUUUGCCUUGUCCCCCGCUCGGAUGCAUACAUUUGUACUGAAAUAAUGUUACUUUACUCUUGUGUAUGACAAACAAUAAGCUCAAUUUUCCUACCUAUUUGUUUCAAAAAUUGAGUGGAAAGACAUUUUACCUGUAUAAAAAGGCUUUUGCAUAAAGUGUGGCUGCUAAACUUUUGUCCCUUGAAAAUCGGAUAGAUACGUUAACAAACUUCGGAGAAGCCAGAGAACCACAUGCAUGGACCUGAUAUGCUUUAAUAUUAUGUUUUAAAAUCUAUAAGUUGUUAUAUUUCUCCAUGUAAUAAUCAAUUUUUUUACCAUGCAAUUGCAAAAGCAAUGAUAUUGUCUAACAGACGACAUUAUAUGAAUAAUUAUUUAAAUCGAAAUAGAUACGUUACUACUCUUUUCAACCAAGUAUAAUUUACCAUUACAAGUCCAUUUGAAAUAUGGAUACACAUUAAGCAUUCACACAUUUUCUACGUGACUGAAGGACUUUUUUGUAAAUGUGACAAUAAAAAUGGAUCUUUAGAUUAAUUUUUCUUUUUUGCACAAUAGAUAAGUUACAGAUAGAUACGUUACCGAUUUUUAUUGAUCGAGCCUUUGGUUGUCUUUUUCACGUGUUUUAAUAAUGUUGUGUGAUUAUUUUUCUGUCACAGUACGCGAGGGAUGCUAAAUAUUGUUUUGAUUAUGAUUAUUUUACUUAAAACUUGGAUAUUAAACUGAUAUGAACCUGGAUAACAUGGUAAGUGUAUUUUUUUCUAAAGCUUCGUAUACAAUAAUGAAAAAAUGAAUAUUGUAUUUACCUGGUAAUAUUAUAAUAUAAAUAUUUGUCUAUAUUAGAACUUGAUUACCAUGAUUUGCAGUUAAAUCAAAGAACUGUGCCAAUGUCACUAUUGGUAACGUAUCUAUCAUUUAUUGUAAAGUUCCAUAUUAAGUAGUGCGUUUUACUACAGGAUACGACUAGAUAUUCUUUUAUAUUUUUGUAUAGAUUAUAAAAUUUUAACAGUUGAUAAAUUUCUAAUAUUAGUUAUAUCUUUGAUUCAGAAACAGGGCCGUGUUAGGGGCAAUAAUUAGAAAAUACAUAACCAUUCUAUGCGUCAUAAUGUUAUAAUUUGGAAAUUAAAAAUUAAACCAAAUCUAAUUUCAAUUUUUUUUAUAAAAAUGGCAAACUCAGAGCCGAAAUGCAUUGGCCUUGCCAUGAGAAAAAGAAAGUUAAACAUCACAAAUCUACAUCAACUAAUGGUUUAUAGGAGAAAUCAUGAAAUGUGAAAUUUGCCUCAUUUCUUUAGCUGAUAUGGUCAUCAAGCAUGGUGUGAAGAAUAAAUAGCAAAAACAAAAACUUGCUGACGACUUGUGGGUUUCAUUAACUAACGUCAUUUGUAAUAUAGCACCUCUACAUUUAUUGGUAGAUCACAAAGGACCAAGCUUUUUAAUUAAUUGGAGCUAAGUUAAAAUUAUUCAAGAAUAGACAAUAGAUACGUUACCGCCACUUGAAACAUUAAAAUUGAAAGUAUGUGUCCGUUUUUUAAUCUAAAACUACUUCUAAACACUUACAUUAAAUAUUCUUAUUAUAUAUAGUAGUGUUAGCAAGUUAAUUUAUUUUCAAUUUUCAUGGUUUUAAUAUUUCAUAUCUUUCUAAAUUAAUAUUAUUAUUUGAAUAGAUACGUUACAAUUUCAAUGACUUUUGAUUACAAAUAGUGAUUUGAAGAUAUGUUAACAAUUUUGUUCAGGCUAAAUUAUGUUAGCUUCAAUACAUUAAAUGUUUUAUAACAUGAGCAUAUGCAUGUCUUAUUUAGUCUAUGUUAAAAACAACAUGGGGGCACAGCCAUAAGAAUUAUAAACCCGUGAUAAUCGAAAACUAGAAUCCUAGGUAAAAUGUCGAUUUUUAAACUUUAAAUUUCUCUUUCAAAACGUUGAAAGCAAGGCUCUGAUUGGUCCAGUGCGUAGCAUUAAUAGGAGAUGGUUUUAUUCAGAUUGAAAUAAUAAUAUAAAUGAGAACAGAUGACAUAUAAGCCUCAUUAGUAGAAUCAUAAACUCGAAAUGCAGGUUACUGUUAUCACUCCACCCCGAAAAAAACAAGGACAAAUAUCAAAAAAUGGAAAUGCCAUGUUCAAAAAACGCAGCCUCCCCAAAACGAAACUCACAGCACGCAGACUUGCACACUACAAACACACUCGCGUACAAAGGAAACACACGAGGACAAAAUAAGUAGUUUCAUAUUCUGUGUCAUGGUCAGAUAUGUCUUUUUGUUUACAAGAAAGUAUGAUGAAAAUUGUAUUCUUUUCUUCCCUUACAGAAGAUGAAUGGGAAUCCUGCUUACAGUCUAAAAACGAAAGUCAAAUAAAGAAACUCAUUCAGGAAAACUGUAUUCCAAGUUCAAUACAUCUCGAUGCUGCAUACAGAAUCUUUGAGCGCUCUUCUGAACUUCUUGGGGAUAUCUUUGCAUUGGUUUCAGAGUACAUAAAGAAGCAGUCACCACACAUACUUCGAGUGUAUGCGGCAUAUGAUGAUAGAAAGAAUUCGGAGAGCAACUAUUGUUUUCUUGUAUUUACAAGGCAGUCUGAGGCAGGGUUAAAACCCUUGAAUGAAGUAUAUCCAAUAAAGAUCGUGCGUAUUGAAGACUGUAGUGAAGAAGACGAAGAUGUUGUAAAAGAAAUUCUGAUGAGCCACGGCCCACCUGUAAACAUAAGUCAUGUUGAAAUCAAUCUGAAUAAAGUAAUAUCGGACCAUUCCGAACGACUAAUGAAAGAGACAAAAAAUAUUACAUUGAUUACCACUAGUAUGUACAGAUCACAAAACUACCAACGUGGAAACCCCCCAUGUUUAGUAAAUGAUCCAUGUGUAGUUAUACUUGUCAUGCAUAAGAACUGGAUACCUAUUGGGAGUAAGCCUCUGCCUCGGGAAAUCAACGGCAUACCAGUGGAUGUACGAGAAGGAAUUGCAGUUAAAUUUAGAGGAAAACUUCCUUCAGAAAAACACGACAACGUACGCAUUGGUUGCAAAAUUGAAAGCAGUGGUCUUCCUGGGUCCGGUCAUUCAUCCUGGGUUUGCAAUGCAGGCACUCUUGGUGGAUUUAUACUUGGUUCAAAUUCUACUAUAUAUGGAUUUACAUGUGCACACAUUCUUUUUCCUGACAAAACGUUGAAGGAAAUGCAAAGAGAUGAGAAAAUUUAUAUUGGAGAGGAUUUAGAGUUGAGUGUGAUGAAACAGAAAGAAGAAGUAUCUAGGCUCGACAUAAUUGUAAAACGUCUGGAGGAAAGGAAAGUAUACCAAGCCAGCUGUGAAAUGGAUGAAUAUCUUGGCACUGUUGAGAUGGCAUUAUACGCACUAGGGAGUACAUUUGAUUAUACUGGAGUUGAUUUUGCCGUCGUGAAAAUUGAUGCAGAACGGAUUCCAAACACAACUGAAUUCCCAUAUGUUGAUGAUUCAGGAACGUUUAAGAGAGAAACAGAAGGCGCUUCGACAGAAAGGGACUUUCGUUUUAAUUCUGGAAAGAUCAUUGACGAAGAUUUGAAAUGUGGAGAGGAAGUUAUUAAGUACGGAUGUAGAACCCUACUUACGACCGGGAUAUUCCUAGGGAAAAGAACAUUUAAUAAUAUUGACGGUGAGACAUGGUAUGGACAGUGUGAAAUUGUUUCUAAUAGUAGUUUUGCAAAAGAAAGUGAUUCCGGAUCUCUUGUAUUCAGGCAAAAAGAAAGCGAUUUAGAAGCUGCUUGUAUUCUUUUGGGUGGCACAAGAGUUCGAUUUGCAGCGACAUAUUUUCCUGACAUACUCGAAAGAACAGGUUUAAAAGACAUAACGUUUCUCAAAUUCGAUAGCCAAGAAACAAAGGAAUAAAGACAACUGUCUGACGAAACGAUAGAUAAGAUGUAAUAAGAGAAGGUGUUUCUUUCUGCAGUCCAAAAUGUAGAAAAUAUAUCGUGUUAAGGUUGUAGAAUCGUUUAUCUUUCUACCGGUAAGAAUCUUUUUAUACUCUGUAAGCUUAAAGAACAUUAAUUUCUAUGUCAAACAGAAAAGAAACAGCACAGGUCACCGAACUCGUUAUAAUUUUAUAGGGCUUUUUAACAUUUCUGAAAGUUUGUAAAAUUGAAGAAAUGGAGGUAUUUAAAACACGAUUGAAUAGAUGAUAAUGAUGACUGAUGAAUGAUAAUCAGCAUGAUGUCAUGAAUAUUGAUGUUAAUGAGUGAAAACUGGUUAAAAUUAUAACGAUGAUUAUGACUGUUGAUGAUAAUACCGAUAAUCACGAUGGUGAAUUAUGAUGAUGAAUGAAUUGUUAUUAAUGAAUUGCUUUUGAUCAAUGAAUGAUGAAAAUGGACAUAUGAUGAUGAUAAAGCAUAAAGACUGAUUAUGACUUUAUUGAGACGCUCAUUGAAAUUAACCGCAGCUUUAGAUUCCAUGGUGAAACCACAAAACGCUGAAAAUAAAAUUUAGUUUAGUGAAAUGUAGAAGAAAAUAGAUUAACGGAUAAAAAUUAUUCAAUGUAGAUUUUUAUCAAAUUUCUGACAGUUGUAAAUUGGUUUUGUUCAUGUGAUUUUCUUUGAGACAUGUUAUGAAAUAUAUCAAAUUUAUAAG